AUGCCCUCUCAUAGAUUUGAUCGUGGGCGGAUGUUAAGACAGGAGGACGCAGCGGAGCUGUCUCAAGAUGGCCACCUAUCCAGAAUCCCGGGUAUACCGAAUGGGGGUCAAUCUAGUUUAACGACAACUAGAUCUGGGGUACAAAGAGCUUUUUUACCUUCUAGAACUAGACGAGAAAACGGACAAUCCUUGGGAAUUCCGCAGCCUUCGACAGUUGGUUCCAUCUUGGCACCUAGCUUAAUUCCGCCGAUGGGAAAGAUGCCCCCCCCUGCCCAGCCUCAAUUGAAGCCAGGCCAUCCAACCACUGAUUCGUGUGGGAAAGCAUCUUCGGCAGAAGGGCGAUCCCGUAACGUUCUACGAAGAAAAGCUCCGUCAAUAGAGCAAUACGCGGAGCGUACUAGGGCAGCAUCGGAUACGUCAAAGCUUGGCUUUUUAGGUUCCAAUACCUCCUUGUCAAAGAUGGGGGAGAGUGAAAGCCUAUUCAGCUCAGAGCCCAUUUCAACGGACAGGCCCCACAAGGAUCUGAAGAGUCAGACUCGGGACCAAAUCCAGCUUCUACAGCCAAAUGCUCAACAGCGCUCCAGGGCCGGCGAAAGUCAAAUUCCUCGCAUCCCCAAGGAUAUCCCAAAGGAACUGGCCGGACUAGUAAAUGCGGUAAACGCAACGGCGCUUCCUCCUCCGACUCCUAAUUUCACAUCCACUAGCAGCCCUUCCACCAGAUAUUCUGAAUCUCCUGGGCCAUGGAGUAGCAGAACGUCCACUCCAACCUCCAUGUCUUCGUAUUCACCUGGGAUCAUUCAUCCAACAAAGAUAGGAUCACGUCUAAGGCAACCAAGUCCCGCUCUCUCGAGAAGCCCGCUUCCUAGACAAUCUACUGCCCCUGUUCCUUCCACCAUUCCUCUCAUUUCCACCAAAGAUGGAACUCCCCCAUACCCAAGAACACCGCGCAAAGCUCAGACACAUCCUCCUAUAACGGCAAUCAAAACUGAAAAAGACGAACGGCAACACGGUGACAAAAAGAAAACCUCCCAACCUCCUCGCGGCCCUCCACCUCGAAAAACGGCCACUAAAUUCAAACCUCCAAAGACGAAGGAGGACGAUUCCACUCAGAUGUCAAAUAAAAACUCGGAGAUCCGGAAAGAGAAGCAGAGUAUCGAGCCAGAUCAACGCAAAGUUGAAAAUGUUUCUCGGCUACCAGCUCCAGCCUCAACCUUUCGACCACCUCGGCCCAGCCGUGAGGGUACAAGUGACCUAGAACUAAAACCAUCCCCCGUGAUUCAGAGUAAUAUGGCAUCCCUAAAGCACUCGGGACAUAAACGUCAAGCAUCCAGCGACUCUGCUCAUGACAAGUUUCAUAGGAAUAUUACUAUCAAUUCUUCGACGGAAUCGUUCCAGUCUAAAGGCUCGGACCGGAUUCAUAAUCGAUAUGCUUUUCCCUAUCCCGCUGGUAACCAGAGUUCCAAAAUUGCUACGGUUACGAAGGACUCGCUGCCUCGUGCAAAUACAGCUUUAAAAAAAGACCCGAAGGAAACUAAAGAGCGUUUGGAAAUUAGCGGGACACGGCGGUUUGGGAUAUUUUCAAGAAAAGGAAAAUCGGAUACGGAUAUAGUUGGUUCGGGAUGGAAAGAUAAACCAAGCCGACGUGGCCCUGCUGCAGGAACCGGCCACGAAGGUUAUCAGAGGUACGCCCAGCGGGGCCGCAGAUCCAGCAUAAGUAGCGCUAAUGGAAGAGCAAGAUCCACAAGUGCAACUCCUCCAUCUAGGAAGGGCAGUUUUGCUAGUCAAACAGAAUCGGAUUUGGAUGACUUCCUGUUAGAUCGCCUGGAGCCAGUCAUCAUUAGUGGACGCGGGGUCAAUGGAGCAGAGCUCAGUCGAACCAAGAGUGCGGAAAGCGCGAGUGGCGCGAGUGUCACGUCAAUUUCAAAUUCCUAUCCUGGUCCACAAUAUUCGAAAGCCACCGAGGAUUCUUCAGAAUCACUGAUUCUAGGGACGGGAUGUUCCUCCCAGCCAACCGAAACUUUUGAUUCUUUACUCCACAGAAUCCAUCGAGAUGAAGAAAACCAGAGCCUAGCCAACCGUCGAUCUUUUCGCAGGUCACAGGUCUUUGAGUCGAAGGAAAAAAUUACAGUUCCACUAUCUGCCAAUACUGAGCUUCCCAAAUCACGUUCAUCGAUUGACAGUGGCAACACUAGCCAAACAUCCUUUUCCCAAUCUAGCGUAUCUAUUACUAUGAAUGGUCACGUUCAUGAUCCGAAAGAUUACAAGAAGCCGGAGAAGAAAUCAAAGUGGAAUUUUUUUCAACGGAGUCACCAAAACUCGCGAAAACGUUCCCUUCCUGAACCGAGCCCUUCUGUCGAAGUGCCAGUUUCCAUAUCUAAACUCCCUGCGUCCAGGCAGGUAGCUCACUACGCACUCCUCGAAAACGAGUUUAUAGAUUCGGAGUCACUCAGAGAUAUUUUCCAGGGGAUCGAGGAAUCACCCACUAAGGAAGAGCUUGACGAUACUGAAGAAGUGCCCCUUGGGCUUGGAUUGAAACGAGAGCAUGGUCACUCCGUUCUGCUGCCAUCACCCCCGCUUUUGGGAGGACAUGACUUCGCAAAACUUCCUUCGUCACCAAAGGUAUUUUUCAAUAAAAACAUCUUCGACGACAAUGAAGCAAGCGAUUCUCGGCCCAAAGCGGAUGUUCGAGAACAGCGACGACCUAACCGACUUGCAUCUGUAGGAAGAAUUCCUCUCGUAGUCUCUAGCCGAGACACGGAGAGAAACCAGCCUAUCCCUUCAUUUUCUCGGCCCUUUAGCAGGGCCGAUAUGCCUUCCUUAACAUCCACUGCCAAUUCCCAACCUGUACAAUUUUGUAAUCCAGGUCGCCCUCCCGUGGGAUCUCAAACUGAAGCUCUCCCUAGCCAUGAGUUUUAUUCAGAAUGUGCAAUUUCGGACCCUUCCACCCAUAACAUUCCAGGCAAUAAUCGGUCAUACGCCCAAAGGAAUCACGAAUUUUUGGCUUUCCCGCGCAGGAAAUCUAUAGCUUCUGGCUCUAGUAGUUCAGAAGGCUGCAGGAGCCUAACUGCCGUAACUGCUGUUGCACCACAACCUGGUUCAAAACUUAACGAAGACGAGAUCUGGAACGAAUAUGAUGACUUCAUCGAUACGGUUUUGUCGCCUAGCGCGGUGCCUAAAGAAAUAAGGUCAGACUUUUCCCAACAACGUUUUAAAAUGGCCACCCGUGCCAGCAGGGCUCUACAAAGGGAGCAAGGCCGAAUAAAUAAUGAUGUCCGUUCUGUUCCCAUAUCUUCCGAAGAUCUGGCCCCACAUCGGUCAAUGUCCUCCGCAAGAUCAAGCAGUAGUUCAGUACGUCUACGCAGAUCUAUGAUAAUUUCCGCUCUACAUUUGUCAAUGUCCGAAUCUCCUUCAAUGUCUUCCAUCAACCGCUCUGGCGGCUUCAGCAAUUCGAAUACCGCAGAGCUGCUAAAUCAAGGUGGUACACUAUCCGCCCAACGACCAGAUUUGGAAUCGGAUACGAUUAGAGAAGUUUCACUUCCUACACCUAAGAACAGUGAAGCGGAUCGGCGCAGAAACACAAUACUUUUUGAUAAAGCAGAGCGAGAUCGCAACGGUGCAGUCGAGCAAAUCAACCUCCGGUCUAGCUCCCUCAUGACCAGCCGCUGGUUGUCGUUUGGACGAGUACUUUUCAGCCCUGCACACAACCAUCUUCAAGGCCAACACCAGGGUCGAGUUCUUGUUAUCGACGGCUUAGGAAACGACGAUUGGUCAUUUUACUGUGCAUUAACUUAUUCUACCGCAACCGUGUAUAGUCUUGGAUUCUCAGGGCCCUCCACAAUUUCCAGUAAUCCCGCAGCCUGGCGGCCACCCUCCAAUCACAGAACUAUCCAUCACGCGAAUAUAGGGAAUCCAUUUCCGUUUCCAAAAGGGUUCUUUACGGCAGCAGUUAUUCGAUUCCCGGCUGCCUGCUCAGAGAGUGGAUUACGGGCUACGAUUUCAGAAUGCAAGCGUGUCUUACGACCGGGCGCAUAUUUAGAAUUGAACGUCAUGGACCUGGAUAUGGUGAAUAUGGGUAACCGAACACGAAAAGCUGUUCGUAUGCUAAAGGAGCGCAUAUUUGCUGCGGAUCCAAGCACAAGCCUCAAACCCGCAAGCGACAAUAUCCAAAAAUUGCUUGGAAAGCGAGGGUUUGAGAAUUUGAAUAGAUGCAUAGUUGGUGUGCCAGUUGCAGGCACUCUUUGGAGCUCAUCUAAUACAUCUAGUUCUAAUCAAUCUGUCACACCGUUGCACCCGUACUCCUCGAAUCCUACACCCACCAAUCAAGGGGGUAGUAAACAAAAGCGGCCUCCAUCAGACGACCCCAGUGUUUCUCUUGGCGAUCUCCUUUCGAAUUCGACCCCUUCGGAAUCGAAUGAUGAAUCCAUUGCAAAAAUGGUAGCCAAAGUUGCUCGUUGGUGGUAUACCCGCUGCUAUGAAGCUGCAAUACUACCUGAUGGAAAUCCGGAUUACAGCAUCUGGGCAGACAGAAGAGUACUUCGGGAAUGCCAAAGACGCGCGACAGGAUUUCGGUUGCUCAUUGCUUAUGCACAGAAACCAAGCGAACCUCGAAGGACGGCCAGUGUUUAA